CCUAUAGCGUAAUAACUAUAUGAAGUUUAUACCGGCUGGCAUCAAACUUUUUACAGAUCAGCAGCUACAUUAAGAAUUGUCUAAUUGAAUGUAUCGUUUAUAUGUCAAUAAUUUUUUAACUCUCGGCUGUGUUUUGUAAGGAACUAGGAAGAUGUUUAAAAAAUUCGACGAGAAAGACAGUGUUUCCGGCGUACAACAAUUGAAAUCAUCGGUACAAAAAGGAAUACGGUCAAAGCUCCUAGAACUUUAUCCACAUUUGGAAAGUCACGUGGAUGUUAUAAUACCGAAAAAGGAUUCCUUUCGAAUUGUAAAGUGUCAUGAUCACAUAGAGAUAAUAGUAAACGCCGCCGGAGAUCUUUUAUUUUUUCGCCAACGUGAAGGACCUUGGAUGCCUACUUUAAGAUUAUUACAUAAAUACCCAUUUUUUUUACCAAUGCAACAAGUUGAUAAAGGUGCUAUCCGGUUCGUUCUUAGCGGAGCAAACAUUAUGUGUCCUGGUCUAACGUCGAAAGGUGCAAAGAUGACACCUGUACAAAAGGGAACAGUCGUUGCUGUUAUGGCAGAGGGCAAGCAACAUGCUUUGGCUGUUGGUACUACUACAUUGUCGACGGAAGACAUAGCUAAGGUGAACAAAGGAGUGGGCAUAGAAAAUUGUCAUUACUUAAAUGAUGGACUUUGGCAAAUGAAACCUGUGAAGUAAAAGACUGAUAUACAUCAUCCAAGAUUUAACCGUGUACGAACAUCUUGUUGUACAAAUGCAUUCUCUGGCAUUUUUAAAAACUAUAUGUCACGUUGUGAAGUGAUGGUUCCAAUCACAGUAUCUCAAAAUAAAAGAUUAAUAAUGCAUUUUUAUUGUACAAACUGAAUGAAUGUAUCAAUUUUAUUAUAACUGUUUAAAUGCAUCCAUAUUAUUCAAAUGUA